AUGUCGAAUACGCCGCUGCACAAGAGUUUCUCGACGACGAGCACGAGCCGCCGAUGUAGAAUUCAUCGCCACGACGAGAACCACUAUACGUUAGGCAGGAUUGGCAAGCACAACGUGGUUAUGGCGGUCCUGCCUUCGGGAGAGCACGGCGUUGCGGCUGCGGCGAGGGUGGCCAAGGACAUGAGGCACACCUUCCCCAACGUCCGAGCCUGUCUCAUGGUGGGCAUCGGAGGCGGCGCACCUAGUGAGGAUCAUGAUAUUCGCCUUGGAGAUGUCGUUGUCAGCACGCCGAGCUUCCAUCCCGAGAGCCGCAACCCCGGCGGCGUGAUCCAGUAUGACCACGCGAGGACAAUGCAGGCAAAAAGGUUCCAGAGCAUGCGAUACUUGAGUCGACCGCCCGAUGCCCUCCUAAGCGCAGCGCCCGGGAUCCACAUAAGACAUAAUAGAAAGGGCAACACCAUCAAUAGGACCAUUGAGGAGAUAUUCCAGCAAAGGCCGAGGAUGCGGAGGGAAUACAGCCGGGGGACUCGUCCACGGCGGUCGUCCGACGACGACCCGACUGUCCACUACGGCCUCAUCGCAUCGGCCGACAACUUCAUAGAGAACGCAGAGAUUCGGGAUCUUCUGGCCAAGGAAUUAAACGUCCUGUGCUUUGAGAUGGAGGCAGCGGGCUUGAUAAACAACUUCCCAUGCAUCGUAAAGGAGGUUGAGAUUUUGCGCCAGGCAGUGCUCGAUGACAACCAGAAGACGGUAUUAGAGCGCCUGCCAGUUGCCCCCCAAGCCGCCUUUAUAUCUUACGCCGACGAGCACAAUCCGAGGUGCCUGCCAAAUACUCGCGUCGAGCUCCUCGAUGAGAUUAUGGCACAGGCCGGAGAUCCAGACGCCGAGUCAGUUUUCUGGUUAAACGGCAUGGCAGGAACCGGCAAGUGUACCAUAUCUCGCUCCGUCGCUGACGCCCCUGAUCAAGCGGGGAAGCUAGGUGCCAGCUUCUUCUUCAAGAGGGGCGAGGAGCAUCGGGAUAACCCAUCCAAACUUCUCACGACAAUGGCCUCUCAGCUAGCGACAAGACGACCGGCUAAAAUGGCUCAAGAGCAGUUUGAAAAGCUUAUUCGACAACCCUUAUUGGCAGGCUCGCCUCCCGGACAGAGCAAACGUAUCAUUUUUCUUGUUGAUGCCUUGGAUAAGUGCGACGUAGCGGAUAGGGCCAAGCUGGUCCUGCGCAUCUUUCGCAGCUACCAGAAUCUAGGGCUGCAGCUCUUCAUCACCAGUCGGCCAGAGGAGCCAAUUCGUCUUAGAUUCGUCUCCAUCAAGAGCAAGUACCAGGACAUAAUCCUCCAGGAAAUAACUCAGGCCUCAAUCAGGCGCGACCUGGCCCUCUACUUCCGAAAUGAGUUGGAGAGGAUCAGCAGAGACUAG